AUGGCAGGGGCAGUACACAAGGACUUUAAAGGCACAGCCUAUCAACCACAAGAAGAGGUCUAUUUUAACGAUGGACGAGAAAUAGCUCUCUUACACUUCAUCUACAGCCACCCAAACUUGGAACAACUGCGCGGCAAUCCGCAGAAAGUCCUCGAUGCCAUUGACGAAUAUGGCAAAACCAAAAAGUACCUCAUGAAUAUCGGCGAGUACAAGUCCAAGACCGUCGUGGACUUGAUUGCCGAAGUCAAACCCCAGGUCAUGGUCGAGAUUGGUGCUUAUGUCGGGUACUCUGCCAUUGCGUUCGCGGCCGCCAUGAAAAGAGCCGGCGGCAAGCGGUACUACAGUCUAGAGCACAAUCCCGAGUUCGGGGCCGUGACCUCGUCGCUGGUUGAUCUCGCCGGCCUCGGCGAUAUCGUGACCGUGGUCAUCGGCUCCAGCUCGGAUGGGCUGCGGCGUUUACAUCGAGACGGCGUGGUAGAGCACAUUGAUCUGCUCUUCCUGGACCACCAGAAACCGUUUUACACGCCGGAUCUCAAACUGUGUGAAGAACUUGGUCUUGUGGGAUACGGAUCGGUUUAUGCGGCGGACAAUGUGGUCAAACCGGGCAAUCCUCCGUACCUCGAGUAUGUUAGAAGCACCGUCGAUCAGAAACGCCAGCGGUUUGCAUCUGCCAGCAACGAUGGGCCCAAGGGUAACCCCGAUCUCGUAUACAAGAGCGAAUUUGUGGAAGGAUGGGAGCCGAGUGGCGUGCCGGAUGCUCUUGAAAUCACAAGAUGUGUAAAGGUUUAG